CCAACCGCUGGGUUAAAACAACCCAAUGGUUUGUCCAUUUUUAACCCAACCAAAGUCCCCUUAAAUCAAGUCAAAAAUACUAAGAAAAUAUAUAUAUAUUUUUUGCAGUGCACAGUCAGAAAAUCACACGUGCGAAGCCUUAAGAGUUUAAGAUUUUUAUUAUUAUUAAUAUUAUUAUUUAUUAACAUCUUCCUUCUUUUAGGACAUAAUACUGUUUAUUUAAAAAAAAAAAAAAAAAAAAGUGUUUAAAGUUUAACAUAUAUUAGAAUGUAUGUGAAGUACUGAGUCAAGGUCUGAAGUCAGUGGCCCGCAUGUCAAAGGCUGUUAAUGAGGAUGAUUUGAAGACACAAAGAUGCCUUACAGAAAAGGCAAACACGCUUCGGGUAACAGUGAGUAAAUCUUCAUUUCCAUGUGCGUCAUAGUCAUGUCAUUGCGUUUACUUCUGUCACUAUGGAGGACCUGGCUGUCCAGAGAUAACAGACAACAACCUGCUAAAACCAACAAGGACAUGCAGCAAUUUCCAACAUUUGUCUCUUCAUUGAUGUUAUCGUCUAAUGACGUCUAAACCAGAUCCAACAUUGUGAUAUUCGACAAAUAGGCUAUAAAAUACGGCCUUAAACACAUAAAAAAUGUAUUCAUGCAAUUUGUCAAACAAAAGUGAAGACGCCAUAAGCAAAAAUUGUCUAUAAAACUGCAAAAAGCAAUGCUUUCUUUAAAAAAGUGAAUGCACUUUUUAUUUUUAGGAAAGGCUAGGUUGGUGUAAGAGAAAAGGAAAUUCAAAGGUGGCCUUAACGGUGUAUGUAUCUGAUUAAUUAAUAUGAGGCAGACAGUUUAUUUAACUUUAGUCAUGAUGUUUGACCUGUAAGGCUGUCUGUUCACUCUUAUCUGUGCGGGGUGAGCAGCAUACAAACCCUUGUGUAAACUAAGGUGUAAAUUUAUAGUUGGUUUGAAUGCACUGUCACACCAGUCCAUCUCAGCUGCAUCACAGCAGCAGGUGCAAAUUCACACUAUAAGGGAAUACUCUGGUUGUAACAUGGUCAAAUUAAGAUCUGCACGGUCAGAGAUGAAGUUACUGACCAUUUAUCUCUUUGGGAUUUUUGCUUUUGUGUCAUCCUCCACCUCAACAGAUGUGCAAAAGAUAACAAAUGCAAUUAAGAUGCGCAACUGGAAUGAAAUAUUCCAGGUAAAAGAUUUGACGCGCAAUGUUCCGACCAAUAGGAAGGCACCUGAGUUCAUGAUGGAGUUAUAUGAUGCCGUUGCGGACUCGAACGGAACGCUGAAAAACUCGAAAGUGCUGGAAGGAAAUAUUGUUAGGAGUUUCGAAGGACAGUCCAGUGGCUCAUAUCACUUCUUUAAUCUGACAUCAUUCGGACAGGACGAGCGCGUGGUCAAAGCAGAAUUCCGAUGGUUUCACCAGAAACAGCCUUUUAUGGGACGUCAUCGCUUUUACAAAGUCGAGCUGUAUGAAGUGCUGGACAGCAGACCUAAACCUUGGCAAAGAAAUUUGAUAUGCGCACCUGUCUACACUAGAGGAUGGGAGGUAUUCAACAUCACACAAAUGGUGACCAGAUGGAUUCUUCACAGCGGUACAAAUAAUGGUAUCCUGGUCGUGAUUGCUUCACCUUCAGGUAACUGGUUUAAGUCCAGCAUUCAGAUGAACGGGCAGUCCGAUGAGACAAAUGCAUAUUUGGUUAUAUAUUCAGAUGAUGGACGAAAGCGCUACCAACACCCACCUUUCUACACAGGACAAAAUAUCAACACAUCCCUUAAAUUCCUCGAGCCUACAGAAAGUUUAGUGAAGUCAACAAUGCGGAACCGCAGGAGCGUGCGCACGUUAACUUCUACAUGCCAGAGAACAAACCUCUAUGUAGACUUCACUAAAAUUGGGUGGUCAGGGUGGAUAAUAUCUCCCAGAGGUUAUAACGCAUACAGUUGCAUGGGCUCGUGUCCGUUCCCGCUGGGCGAAGGUCUACGGGCUACGAAUCACGCUACCGUAAGAUCCAUCAUGAACGCGCUGAAACUAUCGCAGGAGGCGGGAAAACCGUGCUGCGUACCUGAUGUGCUUCACCCCAUCAGCCUCCUGUACUUCGACGAUGAGGAAAAUGUUGUUCUAAAACAGUACAACGACAUGGUUGCGGGCAGUUGUGGCUGCCAUUAAAAUACAAAACGGCAAGAUGUAAACUUAUCUGUUGAUGUGUACUGUUUGAAGCAUUACAUGUGCCACACUUCAAUCAAAUGUAAAUUUAGAUAGCACUAAUAUAAGUUGUUAUUUGUAUGGGUAUUUGUAAGUCUAAACCAAAUUAAAGAUAUUAAAUGCAUGCAAUACGAUAA